AUGGCACCAUCAGUUAAUUCAAGGGCAGCAAUUUCUGCUCGUUCGAACAUAGAUUAUGAAACGAGUUGGCGGUCAAAAUUUUCUACAAUGCCUGUGCUUAUUCUUGGUAUUGCUCAAGUAGUGCUAACAUUACUUAUAUUCAUUCUGGAAAUAGCAUCAUUGGCUGUCUAUAACUAUCAAGCGACAGGUGCUGGUAUCUGGUGUUCCCUUUCAUUCAUACCAGCGGCCAUUUUAACUAUUCUGCUGGUAAAGAAAUGGGAUCGAUCACGGUUUUGGGCUACGGGAGUUUUUAUUGCUCAAAUACUGCUUCUUGUGUUCACUUUUAUUCUCAUAGGCAUUGUCGGUAAUUUUGUUUCAACAAAUAGCAAUGCCUAUUCUGCAAGCAGUAAUACUUCAGUUGGAAGCGUAGCGGACAUAUUUGCAAGCUUUAGGACAAAAUACCGAAUAAUGCAAGCUCAAUUGGCAUUUGCAAUUAUUUUAAUGUUCACUGGACUUGGCUAUGUAAUUUUCUACAUGCUUAUCACCUAUUUGGCUCUCUGGAAACCGUUUCAUACUCUUGACGUUUCUCAUCUCUUCCAACAAUGA